UUCAUUACAAUGCCGCCGAACAUCAGCGACUUUCCUGAUGAUAUACUAAUCCAUAUACUCUCUUUUCUCCCCGUCAAAGACUCUUUCCGAACUACUCUUCUUUCACACAGAUGGGUCUCACUAUUCUACUCACUUUCCUCUAUCCGCCUUUAUGAAAACUCUUAUACUCACUUCCUUCAAUUUUUGAACGCAGUAAUACUCUCCCCACGCCUGCACAAACAUACUCUCAAAACAUUUCAUCUCGAAUUUCAAGAUCAAUCCGGGAGUAAUAAUUACUCUCUCGGUUCAAACAUGGAUGAAUGUGUCAAAGCAUUAAAACGACGUAGCAUCGAGAAUCUGUCUCUAUCCUUGUUAAAUACAAUCUUGCCGCCUAGGGUUUUCUGCUGCAAAACACUAGUGGUUCUCAAAUUGCACAACUUACUUGUAGCUCAUGAUAACUUUUCUGUGGAUCUUCCUUUGCUUAAAUCCCUAGAUCUGUAUGAUGUUAAUUUUUAUCAUAUGAACAAGUUCAUGAAACUUCUUUCCGGAUCUCCCAAAUUGGAGCAUUUGGUUACGGCAUAUGUUGCGGGAGUUUGGGAACGAUACCCUGAAAAACCCUUAUUAUACAAUUUGAUCAGCGCCGAUGUCUCUUUAUAUGAGGUUCCGCUAACAGCACUUUAUAAUGCCCAGAUUUUGACUGUAUUUUGGGUGAGACAUGAUGAUCUUCCCUAUCAACCGAUUGAAUCAUAUGAUAAAGCCUUUCAAAAUUUAAUUCAACUUGAACUAAAUGGAGGGAUUCUUGACUGGACUGAGCUAUUGAGAAUACUCCAGAAUUGUCCCAAACUUCAAGCUUUUUCCAUUUCAAUGACAUUAACCACCAACAAUGAUUGGAAAUACCCAUAUCAUGUUCCUGAAUGUGUUUCGUCCCAUCUAAAAAAAUGUCGUAUUGAAAUCUAUGGAGAUGCAGGAGAUGAUGAUUUUCAAUUUGCAGUAUAUAUUUUGAAGAAUGCGAGAUUUUUAGAGGAUAUGACUAUCCAUGUUGAAAGAUUCUUACAUCAAGCGCAGAAGACCAAAGCGUUAGAAGAUUUAACCACCUGUACAAGGAUCUCCCCCACAUGUCAGCUUUCAUUGAGAUGUUUUAGUUCUUAGCUAGAAGUAUUUACAUUGAGUUUUCCUUAGUUCACAAAUUCUAGGGUGGAAUUGAUAACUAUCUAUACUAUCUUUCAUUGGAUAUUAUUAUUUCUCUUUUUAUUUGUGAUUUAAGAUUUCUUUCAUUCUACGUCCUAUUUCCAUGCAUUUUUUUGUGUGAGCUAACCAUAAAUUCCAAUGAGGGAGAAAUGGUCUUGCAGUUUUUAUUUGGGAUUUAACAUUAAGUGUUUUUUAAAGGUGUAUUUCAAAUAUUUUCUAAUUUAAUUAAAUUCACGCUAUAACGACCGCAAUGCGCAUCGCAGCAACCGCAAUGACCACAAUCGCAACACCCGCAACCACGAUUUAAAACCAUACUUUUUGUUUUAGAUAUUUAUUACUUCCUUAUGUUAUGAGUUAUGUGGUGGUUAUGUAUUUUGCACUUGUUUUUUUUUUUUAAUAAUGAUAAUAUUUAACAGAGUACAAGGGUACUAGCCUGUUUACAAAGAAUCCA